CGGCACCACCACCCGUCGCUUUGUGGGUCACACCAAGGAUGUCCUGAGCGUCGCCUUCUCCUCGGACAACCGGCAGAUCGUGUCAGGCUCCAGGGAUAAGACCAUCAAGCUCUGGAAUACUCUGGGGGUCUGCAAGUACACGGUGCAGGAUGAGAGCCACUCGGAAUGGGUGUCCUGCGUCCGCUUCUCGCCCAACAGCAGCAACCCCAUCAUCGUGUCCUGCGGCUGGGACAAGCUGGUCAAGGUCUGGAAUUUGGCCAACUGUAAGCUGAAGACCAACCACAUCGGGCACACGGGUUACCUGAACACGGUGACGGUGUCCCCUGAUGGCUCCCUUUGUGCCUCCGGGGGAAAGGAUGGACAGGCUAUGCUGUGGGACCUCAAUGAGGGCAAACACCUCUACACGCUGGACGGGGGGGACAUCAUCAAUGCCCUGUGCUUCAGCCCCAACCGCUACUGGCUCUGCGCUGCCACCGGGCCCAGCAUCAAGAUCUGGGAUCUGGAAGGGAAAAUCAUCGUGGAUGAGCUGAAGCAGGAGGUGAUCAGCACCAGCAGCAAAGCGGAGCCGCCCCAGUGCACGUCCCUGGCCUGGUCUGCGGAUGGGCAGACGCUCUUUGCGGGAUACACGGAUAACCUG